AUGAGCGAUGAAGAUAGAAAAGAAAAAUUGUGUCAAGUCCAAGCUAGACUCGAAGAGAUAGAGGAACUAGUCAGGAAGUCAGCUGAACUCACAGGUUUACCAACCGACGAAGACACUGAAAUAGCCGAUCCUGAUGAUGUAUCCAAACCCCUUCCCAACUGCUCCUUUGAAGAAGGAGGUUUAUCCUUUGACUUCAGCAAAGCCGCUGACGCCAAUGCCAUAGGAUUACCAUUAUUCUUCCACAAGAAUAUGCAAAUCCUACAAGGAUCACUUCCUCUACCAAUCUUCAACAAACCUUGGCAGCAAGCAGCUUCCAAUAACCACACUGAUUAUAAGAAGAGAGACAAAGAAGUUGAAAAGUACAGAGGCCAUCCUUUUCCUGGAGAGUGGUCACAGUCCCGUUUUGACUGGAAUAAAAACUUCAACACUCUAGUAGACACCUGUAGAAGAGUCUACAAAUACUACUCCUUUGCCAACACCCUAGAAAUUCACAAGAAAAAUGUCAUCAAAAUUUUUAAAGACCAAAGAUCUUGGGUAGUAGCCUUUUGUUAUGACUUAACUAUCAGAAAAGCAACCUUCGCUGUCCGAAAUCCAAGCGACAAGAUCCCCAAUCCAGCUCUAGAACCCACCGGCUUAGUAAAUGAAAUUUAUUACGCAGCCAGAGCUCAAGGUGACCUAAAUCUAGAUGAUAAUCCUUAUAGAAAAGGAGGACCCAAGUUCGGACAAAACCUUUAUUCUGAUAUAACGUCUGAACCAUCCCCAUCUCAUUCAAACCAAUCCAACGCGACUGCCGGUCCUUCCAGAUCUUACAACUCUGGAAGAAAUCAGCCCAGAACGCAAGGACCCUACGGCAAUUAUAAAGGAAAGAAUUUCAACCCCAGCUACAAAAGACCAGAUGGAAACAAGCCAGAAAAUUUCAAAGGAAAAGGAAAAGAAAAAAUGUAG